GUUCUCCAGCAUUUUUGUAUUUGUGUAAAAUUUGCCUAAUUGCUCUGUGUGCUGCCGCGUCUGUGUCGCCGAGAUUCUUCUUCUUCAACCUUUGAAAAACCCUAAAAGAUAAGCGCCAACUGCGGAGGCACCCCGUAUUUUCUACCUUGACAAUUCCGUCGGACGAAUCUAGAAUCCAGCAAUGGCGGCUCCGGCUGCUGCGACAGCGAGGGCACAGACGCUAUCUCUCCUCGCCGCUGCCAAUAACCAUGGCGAUUUGGCUGUGAAGCUCUCGUCUCUCAGGCAGGUUAAGGAGAUUUUGCUGUCAUUGGAGCCGUCUUCGUCUGCUGAGAUAUUCCCCUAUCUCGCAGAACUCCACUUAUCCCGUGAAAUUCUAGUUCGCAAAUCCCUUAUCGAGAUCAUUGAAGAGGUUGGUUUGAGGAUGCUGGAUCAUUCUUAUGUUCUAGUGAAUGUCUUACUAGUCUUAUCAAGGGACGAGGAUCCAGUUGUUGCAAAGAAAUCCAUUUCUGCUGGCACCACUUUCUUCUGCAGCAUCUUGGAGGAGAUGGCAAUGCAGUUCCAUCAUCAUGGUAACGUUGAUCGUUGGUGUGGGGAACUAUGGACAUGGAUGGUUAAGUUCAAAGAUGCUGUCUUUUCCGCUGCAUUGGAGCCUGGCUGUGUAGGGGUGAAAAUUCUUUCUCUAAAGUUUAUGGAGACAUUCAUUUUGCUCUUUACUCCUGAUGCAUCUGAUCCUGAGAAAGUUUCCAGCGAAGGAUGUAGACAGAUGUUCAAUAUUUCCUGGCUUGCUGGCGGUCACCCCAUUCUGAAUCCAGCAACGCUCAUGUCUGAAGCAAAUAGGACAUUUGGCAUCUUAGUAGAUUUCAUACAGUCAGCUAAUCGUAUACCGGGUGCACUGACGAUAUCUGUUAUUAGUUGUCUUGCGGUGGUAGCAAGGAAGAGGCCUGUCCACUACAACACUGUCCUCUCUGUUCUGCUGGAUUUUCACCCAAAUCUUGAGACGGUUAAGGGGUGCCAUGCUGCAAGCGUUCAAUAUUCCAUUAGAACUGCCUUUCUGGGAUUUCUUAGAUGCACUUUCUCACCAAUAAUAGAGUCAAGAGACAAGCUUCUUAGAGCAUUUCGAGCAAUGAAUGCUGCAGAUGUUGCUGAUCAAGUUCUCCGUCAAGUUGAUAAAUUGAUCAGGAAUAAUGAGCGUGCUGCACGUGAAAAUUUGUCUGGCAAGAAUAACCAGUCGAUUAAUCAUCAAAACUCUUGGGAUAUGUCAAAGAAACGAAUAAUGCCCCAGGGUGAAGAUGAUAAAAUCAAUGGAGAGGUCGCUCCGAAGCGCUUACGCCAUAAUAAUAAUGUGCAUUUGACCCAGCAAGUUCAAACAAGUGAAUCCCUACAGGCACCUGUCUCUAUCAAUGGCAUUUCCUCUAGUAACCAUUCUUCAGACAGUGAGUUGACACCAGUUGAACAGAUGGUUUCAAUGGUUGGUGCUUUGCUUGCUGAAGGAGACAGAGGAGCUGCAUCACUUGAAAUUCUCAUUUCUAAGCUUCAUCCAGAUAUGCUCGCUGAUAUUGUAAUAACAAGCAUGAAACACUUGCCUAGUACCCCUCCUACGUUGACAAGUUCACUGGCUACCUCAGCAGAUAUUGUGGUAUCUUCUUCUAUAAAUACCAUGUAUACUCCGACUCCUCCACCAAAACUUCCUUUUGACCCAGUACUUACUUCCGAUGUGCCUAGCUUGAAUAGCUCGGUUGCUGACCCUAGACGCGACCCAAGAAGGGAUCCCCGUCGCAUGGAUCCAAGGCGUUUAAAUUCAUCUUUGGGACCAACGUCGCUACCUGUAGGUGACGGUGAAGAAUCAGUUCCAACACAGAACGACAUCUCUACCUUACUGAGUAAGCCAGUUUCAGUUCCUGCUGCCAUGGCAGGGGCUACUGGUUCAGUACAUCCAACAGCAGUAGACCGUAGCCAGAACAAGUUGACAGGAAGUUCAGUAAUCAGAAUAAUCGAUCAGCCUGAUUGCAGAGAGGACCCCUCAAAUGAAAAAUCAUCCUUAGAUGCUCCACUAUCUCCUUGCAUGUAUGGUGAAGGCAUUNUUGAGUAUAUAUAUACAGGAUUAUUAGUCUAUAGAAUUUAUUAGAUGUCAGUUACUUUUUCUGACACUUAUUUUCAGACAAGUGGCUCUNUUGAUCAACAUCUCCCUGCAACAUCGGACAGUACUGCACCAGAAGAGAGUUAUCGAGAGUUGGCACCUGUUCCAUCGUAUGUUGAACUUACCACAGAGCAAAGCAAAACUGUAGGAAAGUUGGCUAUUGAACGACUAAUCGAAUCAAAUAGACAUGUCUUUGGGUUUGAUUGUAACAAGAUACGCAUGGCAUUGAUUGCCCGAUUGAUUGCUAAAAUCGAUGCGGGCAAUGAUGUUGCAACCGUACUAAGAGAGCAUAUUAGUGUGGAUCAUCAAGAAUUCAAGGGGCACGAACUUGUUUUACAUGUUCUCUACCAUCUGCAUUCAAUGGCGAUUCUGGAUACAGAUGAAUCCUCUCCCUAUGCUACUAUUUAUGAAAAUUUUCUUAUAGCAGUGGCAAGAUCAUUUCUGGAUGCUCUUCCUGCUUCCGACAAGUCUUUUAGUAGGCUUUUUGGAGAAGCUCCAUAUCUACCCGAUUCAGCCAUUAAGCUACUGGAUGAACUCUGCUCCAAUCGUCAUGGGCCAGUUGGUAGAGAAAUCUGUGAUAGUGAGCGUGUAACCCAAGGGCUUGGUGCUGUUUGGAGCCUAAUUUUAGUGCGUCCGAAUGAGCGAAAAGCAUGCUUAGCUAUAGCAUUGAACUGUUCUAUUCAUUCUGAAGAAGAUAUUCGUGCAAAAGCCAUCCGACUUGUUACAAACAAACUAUAUCACCUAGCAUACAUAGCAGAGCAUGUUGAGCAAUUUGCAACAGAUAUGUUGCUGACUGCUGUGAACUCUGAGACAGAUCUCUCACAGUCUGGAUCAAUUGCAGAAGGAAUUAAAACAGAGACAAGUGGCUCUCUAUUGUCUGGAAGCUCCGACAUUUACUCUCAACAGGAUCUACAAACUUCUCGUGAUGUUUCAGUUUUAUCAACUUCCGAAGUUCAGAGACUGAUUUCCCUGUUCUUCGCUUUAUGUAAAAAGAAACCUAGUCUCCUUCGACUUGUCUUUGAAGUUUAUGGAAGAGCUCCAAAAAUAGUAAACCAGGCUUUUCAUCGACAUAUACGACCCAUUCUGAUACGAGAAUUAGGUUCGUCUUAUACGGAACUACUCCAAAUAAUAUCCGACCCUCCUAAGGGAAGUGAAAAUUUAUUGACAUUGGUGUUGCAAAUAUUGACACAAGAAUUGGCACCUUCUUCGGAUUUGAUUGCUACUGUAAAGCUUCUAUAUCAAACAAAGCUAAAGGAUGUUUCAAUUCUUAUCCCAUUGCUUUCUUCACUCACUAAAGAUGAGGUUUUGCCCAUCUUUCCUCCCCUUCGUAAUCUUCCGCCAGAAAAGUUUCAACUUGCACUUGCCCAUAUAUUACAGGGUUCUGCUCACACAGGCCCUGCACUAACACCUGCCGAGGUACUGAUUGCUAUCCAUGAUAUUGUUCCAGAGAAGGGUGGGCCACCACUGAAAAAGAUAACAGAUGCAUGUUCAGCUUGCUUUGAACAACGCACUGUUUUCACGCAGCAAGUCUUAGCGAAGGCCCUCGGUCAGAUGGUUGAUCGAACACCUCUGCCUUUACUCUUCAUGAGAACGGUUAUUCAGGCAAUCGAUGCUUUUCCUACACUGGUUGAUUUUGUCAUGGAAAUUCUUUCCAAGUUGGUGAGGAAGCAGAUCUGGAGACUGCCAAAAUUGUGGCCUGGCUUCUUGAAAUGUGUGUCUCAGACAAAGCCACAUUCUUUCCCAGUUUUGUUGGAGUUACCAGUACCUCAACUUGAAAGCAUCAUGAAGAAGUUUCCUGAUCUAAGACCUUCUCUCACUGCUUAUGCGAAUCAGCCAAAUAUCAGAGCUUCUCUGCCAAAUUCAGCUCUUUCAGUUCUUGGGCUUGACAAUGGGCAAGAUUCGCGUUCUCAAAUGCACCCUUCAGAUGCAACAUCGUCUAUUCAAGGGACAGCCUUAACGUGACUCUGGAAGAUUAUCGACAAGUUGAAGUGUCUGAUGGAGACGAAGCAGAGAUUGAAUCUUGCGUCAAUGGUGCGAGACUGGCUACCACGGAUAUACCUGACUACUAACUACAUGUGUUUGCGAUUAGUAGCAAGACCAGUAUGGUAGCCCAACGUGUGUGGUCGGUCAUUCAUAUUUUCUUAUUUGCUGCCCUUUUUUCGUGUAUAUUAUAAAACUUCACCAUGGCCGUGAGAAGGGGUUCACAAAUCACAUGUAAUGGGUGUACAAUCGCAUCAACGUUGUUCUUUCCUCUAAAGAGAACAUCAGAGUUGAAAGAGUUAAGGAUUAUAUCAAAUAGACGAAA